UAGGAUUUGCAGGUGUCCUCGUGUUUGUUUACAUGCGGAUAAGCAUCGUUUUUGUUGUUAUGAUAGCCUAUCGUCAAUCGUUAAAUUUCUCUCGAUAUAAAUAGAUAGAUACAAUGUAAUGUUUUAUUGACUUUACUUAUCUGGUACUGAGCUUUUUCUUUUAUUUUCACCUCAGAUUGCAUCGUAUAUAAUUUUUUAGCUGAAACCAAACUCCUUGAGAGCCUUAGGGCUUAAAUUCGUCCUUCAGAUUUGUCAAAUUCGUCUGUCAAACGCCUUGAGGCGCUAUAAUUCUUUGAGCCUUAGGGUUUAAAUUCGUCCUUCCAGAUUUGUGUGGCUGAGUUCUUGCUUUAGAGAAAAUUCGUUCUUUCAGCUUUGUAUUGGUGAGGUGGAGAGUAUUUGGUCAGCAGCAGGAUAAUAAUUCAGAGUUUUGUUGCGGAAGAGAAGAUUAGAAUGGGAAAAGUAGCUGUAGGAGCCGCUGUUGUUUGUGCCGCAACUGCUUGUGCGGUGGCUGCCCUAGUUAUGAGGCAUAGACUGAAAAGUUCGAGGCAGUGGGGGCGGGUUUCCGCCAUUCUGAAAGAAACCGAGGACCAAUGUGCUACUCCCAUUCAAAAACUGCGACAGGUGGCUGAUGCGAUGCAUGUAGAAAUGCAUGCCGGUCUAGCAUCAGAAGGCGGCAGUAAGCUGAAGAUGAUUCUUAGCUAUGUAGAUAAUCUUCCAACUGGGAAUGAGAAAGGAUUAUUUUAUGCUUUAGACCUUGGUGGAACAAAUUUCCGAGUCUUGCGUGUACAGCUAGGGGGAAAAGAAGGACGCGUUGCUAAGCAGGAAUUUACUGAAGUUUCCAUUCCUCCUAAUCUGAUGGUUGGCACUUCAUAUGAACUAUUUGAUUACAUUGCUGCAGAGCUGGCAAAAUUUGUUGCUACAGAGGGUGAUGAAUUCCAGCUACCUGUUGGACGACAAAGAGAGUUGGGAUUUACAUUUUCGUUUCCUGUAAAGCAAACCUCAAUUUCUUCUGGCUCCCUAAUUAAGUGGACGAAGGGUUUUAAUAUUGAGGAUGCGGUGGGAAGAGAUGUGGUGGCAGAGUUAACUGAGGCUAUGGAGAGACAGAACUUGGAUAUGCGUGUAGUAGCACUGGUUAAUGAUACCAUUGGAACCUUAGCUGGGGGUCGAUACUACGACCCUGAUGUUGCAGUUGCUGUUAUUUUGGGUACUGGAACUAAUGCUGCUUAUGUGGAGCGUGCAAAUGCGAUUCCCAAAUGGCAUGGCCUUCUACCAAAGUCUGGAGAAAUGGUUAUCAACAUGGAGUGGGGAAAUUUUCGGUCUUCACAUCUUCCAGUUACAGAAUAUGAUCAUGCAUUGGAUUCUGAGAGUUUGAAUCCUGGUGAGCAGAUAUUUGAGAAGAUAAUUUCGGGAAUGUACUUAGGGGAUAUUUUACGAAGAGUUCUAUUGAAGAUGGCUGAAGAAGCCGCAUUAUUUGGCGACACUGUUCCUGCUAAUCUUAGUAUUCCAUUUGUAUUACGGACCCCAGAUAUGUCAGCUAUCCACCAUGAUACUUCCUCUGAUCUAAGAAUUGUUGGAAGCAAACUCAAGGAUAUAUUAGGGGUCACAACCACCUCCCUAAAAACACGUAAAGUGGUUGUUGAGCUCUGCGAAAUCGUGGCCUCAAGGGGUGCUCGUCUCUCAGCUGCCGGAAUUUUAGGCAUCCUAAAGAAACUUGGGAGGGACACAAUAAGCAGUUCCGGAACAAAGGAGAGGACAGUCAUAGCUAUGGAUGGAGGUUUAUUCGAGCACUAUACCAAAUUUAGUGACUGUUUAGAAAAAACACUAAAGGAAUUGUUAGGGGAGGAGGUAGCAGAACAUGUCGUUAUAGUGCACGCCAAUGAUGGAUCGGGCAUUGGCGCCUCUCUCUUAGCGGCUUCUCACUCUCAAUAUGUAGAACUCGAGGAAUCCUCAUAAGCGGGCAGGCUCCAUUGGUUUUGGUUUAAUAAACGAGUAUUCGAGCCUUUUUCUCUCAACGGGGCCAAAGAAACUUAAAUUAUAGCAUAGGGUUGUAAGGGAAUUGCUGUAUUAUUGGGGGGUUGGGGAGUAGGAAAAGUAGUUUUUUCCUGUCUGCCCAUUCUUUUUCUUUAUUUCUCUUUGAUCUUUUUCCUUUUUCUUGUUCGGACAUUGCAAAUUGCUUUUCUAUGCGGCGCUCCCCAGCAAGGAAAUAAAUGGGCUAAAUGUAGAUUUUCAUCGAGUUAAUUGAUGUGUGUGAAAUUUGUUGUAAAUUUUUGAUGGGUGUGAAAUUUGUAGUAAAUUUGGGAUGACUUGAGCAAUGAAAAGGGCCUGUUUGGAUCCUUUUGCAGAA